GUAAUCUAUUACACAUUGCACUAUUUAUUAAUAUAAAAUGUAGAUUUAUAGAUUCUUCCCUGUAGAUUAUGAAAAUAAUUUUAAAACUUGUGUAUUCUUGUGUAUUUGUGUUUUUUAAGACAUUAUCCACCAGUUUCGGAGUGGAAUCUUCCCUUUCUAGUAAAAGGCUCAGUUUUACCCUUAAUUCGAGAAAAUUGCACACCGAGAACAUCGAGAAUAAGGAAUAUCUUUCUAGUAAAACGAGAUUCUUCUCGAAAUUGGGAAAUUUUGACGACAGUAAAUUCGGUCAAAUUUCUGAAUCUGCAAACUUAAAUAAAGUAUUUAAGGAAGACAAAGUAACAAUAACAAAUAAACAAAAAGAGAUUGACGUAGACUGUUUAAUGUUAUUCAAGGCUGCGAAAUGCUACAAACAAGAGCUCGAAGUCGACGAUUUCAUGCUAGAUAUAUUCAUAGAAGACGAAAAAAACAUGAAAAGAAUUAAUUUUAAGCAACUUGGGGGUGAUGGGCCCACUGACAUAAUUUCCAUAAGGGAUGAUUUGUUGUACCUGAGGUCAGACUUUCAUAAGAACAGGUCACCUCAAAAACCGUCUCAACACUACCAUUUAGGUGAAAUAUUCCUAUGUCCAGGAUUCAUCAAAGGCGUAAUUGACUCCGAAAACAAAUUAGGGCUUAAAACACCUGAAAAGUUUGAGAAAAGUUUAAACGUGGGCAAAAGGGGAGGCGUGGCUGCAAGAAUGAAAGGUAUUUCUGACAUCAACGUGAGACUGUGUUUCAUCCUGGCUCAUGGUAUAUUACACCUGUUAGGGUACGACCAUGAAAAGGAGGAGUGGUUUAACAAAAUGGCCGGAAUGGAAGACGUUCUCUUAGACGCAUUUAUUGAUAUUUUGCCAAUUGACAAUCCAGGAGUUGGUCCAUAAAACUUACCAAACCGUCAGUUUCUUCCAAAUAACAGGAAAUUCCAAAAGCAAAGGGGACCUCUGAAAAAUUAAAGUGUCCUAAUGAUGAGAAAAUGGCGAGUUAAAAAAUAAGCCAAAUGUGUUUCGCGAAAGUCAAAUCGACUUCAAGAAAAGAUUUUUAUCAAAAUUUACGAAUCAUUUUUUAUCAAUUUAAAGGUUUUCGAGGACUGGAAUUUUUAGAGUUGAUUUUCUAGAUAUUUGUCGAGUGCUUUUUUAUAGUGGUCCUGUUGUCAUGAGAUAUAAUUUACACAAGUUAGAUUUUUUAUCCAAUUCACAACAUUUUAAUGUAAUAGCUCUAUU